CUUUCUUCGUCUCCUCUCUCGAGAUUCGGGGGAAUGGGUGAGAGUAAAAUGUCCAAUUUCGAGAGUUUCCUCGACAGCACUUGUGCUCGCGUGUCCCUUCAUUAUCCGCCCGAGACUUGCGGGUCAUACUCUUCGGCAAAAGAUGAACAGUCACAGUCUCAGGCUCCGAUAGAGUUGAGGCAUUUCUGGGAUGCCUACGAAGAUUGGAGCACUUAUGGCGUCAGUGUUCCUCUUUGGAUCGAAGACACUGCGAAGCUUACUCAGUAUUAUACUCCUUAUCUCUCCGCGAUCCAGAUCUUCACAAAACCCAAGCAAAUUGCCGAUGAUUCUUCUGCUUCUUCUUCUUCUUCUUCUUCCAGGACCUUGGUGGCAGGAAAAAGUGGUGAGGUGAGCGCUGAAUGUAGCGCUCAAGGAAGUGACCCACACCGAUUCUUGACCGCUGAUCAUCUGGGUAACCUUUAUUUUCAAUAUAACGAGACCGAUAAGCCAAUUGACAGAACUCCUCUUACAUAUAUGAUAGCUGAGCUUGCCGAGAAGCACCAUGGUUUAUUUAGUCUGAAGACUGCGGAGUUGUCGCAAUAUAGCUGGCUUUCCAUAGCUUGGUACCCUAUUUAUCAAAUUCCAUCUAUGAAAUAUUGGAGGGAAUUAUCUGCAUGCUUCCUAACAUAUCAUGGAUUGACACCUACCAUUCCAGGAGCAUUGCCCAACGAUGGGAAAGCCAAGGCCAACGUUGGAUCAUCAAAUGCAAAAGUUGCGGUGCCUGCUUUUGGAGCAGUGACUCUCGAUGGCUACAAUAGGUUUUGGGCCGGUGCAGGGAUGUUAUGUCUAGCGAGGAUGGAAAAGCUCGAGGAAGCUGCUGACUCGUGGUUGGAAACAAUUGGGUUCAAGCAUAGUGAUUUUGACUUCUUUAGGGCCCGGAGGCCCUAUCGCCCACCAAUUACAAGCAAAAGGUAAUCAUUUCUUGGGUUACUUCCAUUUAUCUGUGAGAGCUGGAACCGUAUAUAAUGCCGUGAUCGAUGAUAUCGAUGGGAAAUUGCUAUUGAAUGCUAACCCUAUGAAUGGUAUGUUAGUGUCAUAGUAGUCAUCCAUAGGCAAAGACAUGCUGAAAAUCUGGAUUGAUCGGUUGUACUUUUGGACCAGCAUUUUGGGGGAUUUUAUCGGUGAUUCUAAUCUUAUGGUGUGGAUUUUCUGAUUUUU